UGUCAACCUCACUUUGAUUUGCUUUGCUUUGCUUUGCUUUUUCUCUUCUGUAAAAUUACGUUUCUUCUCCUCACUCUCUCGCUUUGGUACACAGAGAGAGGAGCUGAAGCCAACGACUAAAGUUAGAGUUGGAUACAUGCAUGGAUCAAGGUGCUAAUCAUCAGGUCCUUCAAAGGCAGAGUGAAGUAGCAGAGGCCACCGACUGUUAGACUUGGAUUUUCUGAAUACAUGGACCAGAGGCAUUCAACAGAAUCAGUGGAACACAAAAACAGUGGAUAUGAACUUAUUAGAGACAAUGAAGACCCAUGUCUGGGAAUGUAUGAUAAACCUCUUCCUUGCUUUGGCUGUGGAAUAGGAUGGUUUUCUCUACUGCUAGGAUUUGUUUUCCCAUUAAUGUGGUACUAUGCUACCAUUCUCUACUUCAGAAACUACUAUCAAAGAGAUCCCAGGGAGAGGGCUGGACUUGCUGCCUCCGCAAUAGCUGCACUGAUAUGUACAAUUGCUGUAAUAAUCACAAUAUCAGUUCUCGUCUUCUAGUUGUCGCGGCUGCAGUCUGUAUAUUUGCAGCUACUUAUGGUGCUUCCUUAAACAAAAGGUGAGACAAGAGUAUUAAACCUGUAAUGGGGCUAAAAAAAAGUGGGAAAGAAGCUAGAACAUGUUAGGAACCUCAAGAAUCUUUGAGAGUUCAGUUGUCAAUGAUGUAUAGUCCCCUCUAGGCUUGUACAAAACAGGGAGUCUUGUGAAAUAGUUACAAUCACAAUGAAAAUAUGCAAUUACUGAUAUAUGACAUAACAUAUUUGAAAUCCCUGAGGAAUAUGAAUUACCUUUUCCUGCUUUUAGAAGAAAUGUAGCUGCAUUUCUGAUUCA